UAUGUCGGCAUAUUGUCGCCAAUUGGCCGAGGCGUUGGGGUCUCCGAUGUCCGCAAGAACGACAGCGCGGCUUGCGAAUGGCAUGCCAUGAAUCCUGGGCCGUCCCCUCACCUCCACGCCUAUCCGACGGCAAUCGUCCCUCUGUCAUCUUAACCCGGGUUUUGUGGCUGGGCACUCCAUAAUUCCUCGCAUCACUUCCUCCCGUACCCUAGUUCACGAUCCUCCAUUUCAUUUCACACAAUUUUCGCUAUGGAUUUGUUUUAGUAACUACGAGCCUUCGGCGGAGCCCUCGAGCUUUAUUCACCGUACCGACCUGGACUAUACCUAGCAGCAUAUACCUAGAGUCGCUUCUAUAGUAUACAUCAGCGACAACACACAUUACAACAAUGACUGUCCAACGGUUGUCCAAGGCCGCCAGGAUCAUACUGGUCGGCGCGCCUGGCGUCGGGAAGGGAACUCAGACGGAGCGCAUGAUGAAAAAAUUCCCUGAGCUCUCGUCAAUCAGCUCUGGCGAUUUGCUGAGGAAGAAUGUUCGUGAGCGGACACCUCUCGGCAUACACGCCGAAUCCACGAUGAAGUCUGGCAAAUUAGUCCCCGACGCCAUGAUCCUGCGCCUCAUCAUCAACGAACUCACCACCCGCGGCUGGAUACGAGACAACGCUUUGCGCCCAUAUGCGCUCAACUUCAGCUCCAUGGACAUGCCAGAGACUACGGUAGAUGCAGUCAUGAUUCCCUCGGCGGUACGGGCUCCGCGCUACACCUUCUCCAACAGGCCGUCGGCCUCAUUCAUACUCGACGGCUUCCCAAGAACCGCCGUGCAAGCGAUACAACUCGACAACAUCGUGCCCAUCAACAUGGUAGUCAACCUCAACACUCCGAGUGACAUAAUCAUCGAUCGCAUAUGCAACCGCUGGGUACACGAGGCAUCGGGGCGUGUCUACAACACCACAUUCAAUGCACCAAAGGUCGAUGGCAAAGAUGAUAUCACGGGCGAGCCGCUGACACGGAGAGCCGACGACGACCCAGAGGUGUGGAAGGCACGGUUGAGAAACUUCAAGGAAAACAGCGAGCCUCUGCUGGAGCAUUACGACAAGCUUGGCGUGCUCUGGACGGUCAACGGGAACAGCAGCGACGAAAUUACCCCGCAGCUUUUCGAAGAGUUUAGCAAGCGCUUCGGCGCUCAUGACGAUUGAUGUGUUAUUCAUGUCUCGGUUUAGGUUAGGUCUUGGUUGGUUAAAGGUCACUUACGAUACCUAUGUUUUCUCGCGUCAAGGCGGGCUAUGU